UUAGAAGCAAAAGUGAAAGCAAUCUUUUAAGACUGCUUUACUAGCCCAGUGGAGAAGAUAGUUUCUACCUACCUCUCUGGGAGAAGGUGAACCUGGGGAAAGACCUGAUAUCUCACCACUAUUCUAAGAUGGGAUCCACCUUAAGUUCUGUCAGUUCACUGUUCCAGGUAAACAUGAGAGGAAGAAAAAUGGCAAAAGAUGAAGAAAAUUCAUAUGACUCAGAAGAGGAAAGGAAGUCCCUACAAGAGCCCAAGCUGAGGUUAAUACUGGUGGGGAAAACAGGGUCUGGAAAAAGUGCAACAGGGAACAGCAUUCUUGGCGAGAAUGUGUUUGUAUCCAAGCUUCAGGCAAUGCCAGUGACCAAAAUCUGCAGCAAAAGGAGCCGGAGCUGGCAUAGAGGAGAGAUUGAAAUCAUUGAUACUCCUGAUAUCUUUAGCCUAGAAGCAUCUCCUGAAGAUCCAAUUUCUCGAGAAAUCAUUCGAUGUUACCUCCUCUCCUCCCCGGGGCCCCAUGCACUAGUCCUGGUAACCCAGCUAGGUCGCUACACUAAGGAGGACCAGGACGCCAUGAAGAAGGUGAAGGAGAUCUUUGGGAAUAAAGUCAUACAGCACACAGUGGUCAUCUUCACCCGCAAGGAGGAUCUUGGGAGUGAUUCCCUGAAGGAUUACCUCAGGUUCACAGAUAACAAGGCCCUGAAAGAGCUGGUUGCACAGUGUGGGGGCCGGGUCUGUGCCUUCAACAAUCGGGCCACGGGGAGGGAGCAGGAAGAGCAAGUGAAGAAACUAAUGGAUAUAGUGGAGAGCAUAGUACAGAAGAAAAGGGGUAUACAUUACACUAAUGAGGUUUACAGCUUAGUGGAAGAGCUCCAAGAGAGCAGUGCAGAGGAGAAGUUCAGAAGAAUUGGGGAGAAACUGGCUAAGUUUAAGGAAGAGAAUAAGAGGGCCCAGAGAUCAAGGGCAGGAGUCUUCCUCAUUUUCAGAGUUUUGAAUGAAUCAAGAAAAUCUCAUCCUAUGCUAUGGAAAUUCAGCAUCACUGUUAUUGGUUUCUGUUUCCUGUGGCUAGUGACCCCCAGAAGUCUUUUUAAUAGCUUGUGGGACACCACCAGUCAUGAAUAGCUUGCUAUCAUCUUUAAUAGUCAUCAGGAGAAAUUGGUCAAGAAAAAUGCCUUCUGAAUAUGAUCAUCUCAUGGCUAUCUAUUAUCUUUUUGUAAAUCUAUCUAAAGCAUAGCAUGAAAAGUUUAAUUCAUAUCUCAUCUACUUUAGGAAACCUUCCCAGCAAUGCUGGGAAGUGAAUGCAUUUAAAAUAGCAAUGGAUUUAUAGUCAGAUCAUUUAGAUUCAAAAUUUAGUUCUACCCCUCAUGAACUCUCUGAAUUCUGACACAUUAUUUAAUUUCAAUGCAUUUCAAUUUCCUCAUCUGUCAAUUGAAAGGGUGGGAGGGCUAGAUGAUUUUUAAGGUCUCUUCCAGCUCUAAAUCUAUGAAAUCCCUUCCCUGACUUCCUUUAAUACAUGGAUCUACUUGCUAUUUUAUACUGCUUGGUUUCAUAGGCAUUUGAUCUUCAUAAUCCUUCUUUAGACUCUGCAAGGCUAUAGCUACAAUUGCCCACAUUUGUACAGAACUUAAAUGUUUCUCCACAACUCUUUGAGGCAAGUAAUGUAAGUAUAUUAUUUAUAUAUUUUUUUCUAGAUGAGGAAAAUGACUUAGAGAAGUCAACUUGCUCCCAGUAACACAGAUGCAAAUGUUAGAGCCAGAUCUUCCAAUUUCAGACAUAGAGUGUUCUUUCUACUUUCCUACACUACUUCUCCUCUAUUUUUUCACAGAUCCCAGGACAGGGUUAGGUAUGUAGGAGAUAGGCAGUAAACACUGGUUGGAUUUCACUAAAGUCUAUCAUUUCUAUAAAUAUACUAUGUAACCUAAAGUCUCUUGGCUGACCAUUAUCAAAGGGAAUUGAUGAUUAUGAAUAUAAAUCCCAUGUAAUUUAUAUUCAUUGAGAGUGAUUUACGCAUCUAGCCAUGUAAACUUUAGGGAUUCUUAUCCUAAUUCUGAUCCCAGUUUCACUAAUGAGCUAUUUCCUCAGAAGUGAGGGUAUCUAUGUCUCUUCCUUAGGAGUGGGAUCUCAAUCCUGAGAGAAUGAAAGAAUGUCUUUCUUUAAUAUUAUUUGCUCAAGCCCCCAUUCUGGUGUCUACUCGCUAUCAAUUGCCAGUUAUAUUUAUUAUAUCUUUUAUAUUAUUGAUAUCCUUUAGUGAUUGACACUUCAGUAUCAUGUAAGAAAUUACUAGCAGUUAGCUUUUAGGAAGAGAUAUUUACUGAGAAGAUAUAUCAAGGGCAGAAGUUACAGGGACUUUAUGCCUAAUACCUGGGUUCACACUUUUUCCUAUAAUUACUCUACCCUUGUGGAGAGUGGGUUUAACUCCAAAACAAUUUCUGCCAAACAUUUUCAGCGCUAAGUUCCCUUAUGAAUGUGAAAGGCAAUGGAAGAAUCAUGGUCAUUCCCUCUUUGCUGCAUUAGAUCAGCUGCUAUAUCAGGCAAGCACAUGUCACUCAGAUCCCUGAUCCCACCUUUCUCAACUGUCUGCAAAAUGUGGCAUGGACCCUGGCUUCCAGAUCUUUUGUAGCUCCUUCUCCCAGCCAAGCAGCCUAUUCUAAGAUCCCUUCAUCCAAGAGCAAGAAAGUGCAAAGUGCCAAAGAACAUGAUUCCCAUGAGAUCAAGUGGGGAACUAAGUAGCUGGCAGAAGAAGGCCGCUGCCCCUACUGCUAUUGCUUCCCUUGGGACUAGCAGAACCAUGCACUCUUGGCUUCUUGGGAGCUUUAAAUCAGAGAUGGGCUGAAGUCUCUUUUAUUUAGAGGAGGUUCAUUGCAGCUCAUCAUCCUUGUUCACUACCAAGAAAAAGAACAAUUUGAGCUGUGCUCUUAGCAGUCUUGUAUUCACUCUCACAUUCACCUCAGCAGCAUAUCAAAAAUCAGUCUUUUCACCUUAUGGUUAAUGGACCAGAAAUAGAAUACUUGGAAAUGCUCCAAAGUCAGGUGGGAAACUAGCUUGUGCUGAGCAUGCUGGACAUGCUCUCAAGGAUUGGACUCUCACUGGCCUAUCUCCAUUACAAAACUAUUAGUGGCUUCUCAUCUUCAGAGAUAUGAAUUUAAAUCCAUCUCUUUCCAAGUGUUCUUAACACACCUGUCUUUUCUCUAUGUGUUCUCAAUGUGUAUUCUAUCUUCCUACUGAAGCUGUGUAUGUCUUUUGGAGAGUGUGCUCCAGGUUUAUGGGCAAUCUAAUGUUUUGUUGAUACUUUUCUUGCAAGUCAUUUCAUUAAAGACCUUUGCUUUGAACUAAUUAGAUCAUUUAGCUGAUUAUUAAAAGUAAAUUUAUGGUAGUAGUGGUGGGAGCAUAAGAUAUUAUUUUAGAGGUGUAGGCCCACUAAGUGCUAGGAAUAUGGGCUAGACAUUUGCUAUGAUUUGGCAGGUCUUACCAUAUUUUGCAUCAGCUUUUAUUGUGAUUAACUUCAGGACACUCAGGGACAAACAAAUUUAGUGAUGAUUAUAUGUUUCAGUAAAAUUUACAUAUGUAUAUAUAUGUAUACAUAUACCCAUAUAUAUGUAUAUACACAUAUAUGCAAUAUUUAUCAUAAGUUCAUAAAAAGAAUUCAAACAUGUAAGUAAAUAGGAACUGCCUAAUAUAGAAGAUAGCUCUUCUUAAGAUAUGACAAGCCAUGCAUUUGAUGUAGAAUUAUACUGAAUUUAAAAACAAUGACUUGAAAAACAAAGAAAUAGUCUCAUAGCUUUUGAGGAACUCAAGAAGGGCUUUAAAGGUUAAUUUUAAUAGUUUUCACAUCACUUUUCUCAAUAAAGUUUUGUUUCCUUAUUUAAAUGAAACACUUAUUCAUCACUAAAAUCAUUAUUUUAAAAUUCAAUAAGUGUUUUAACUCAAUAAAAAUGUUCAUUUUAUUUGAAGUCUCAUAUUAGCUUUUGUUUGCCUUGGGUAGAUAUCAAUCUGGGAAUUUACAAUACGUUUGCAAAAUAGUCUAUUUUGCAUGAAUACUCUAUUUGUUUAUUUACAACAAUGAACAAAAAUUAUAUUUUAGAACAACCUCUGAGCAAUCUUCUAAAAAUAAUAUCUAUAUUUUAAAUGUUCAGUCAAAUGAUUAAUUCUAACAAUAGUCCUUGUUCCCAUGAAUUUUCUUCCUUGGAUCCUCUAGCAGUUCAACAAGUAAGUCAAACAUUUUGUUAACUUGAGAGUAGAAGACUACACCUCUAGAUGCCAGAGUCACAUCAGAAAAAUUUUUUCUCUUUCUCCCCUAUCUCUCCAAACCUGCUCCUCACAUAUAUCCAGGCCACAAGGAUCUUCAUUCCCAUCUGAGAACAGUGAUUUAGGAAGCAAUAUUUCAAACUGAUACUUAUGUUAGACUGUUGGGGAAGGGUGAUAAUGAAAAGAUGCAUCUUGUUUCUCAACAUCUUGCAGAAUAUAUAGGGUAUGGACACAAGAGACUGAUGAUGUGGGGGACACACUUUGAAUCAGCUCCUCUAACUCCUUCCAUUUCUGAGAGACCACCUCUGACUGAAGGAACAUGAAUCAAUCCAAUCGUUGCUUCUGGAUGCCUCAAGAAUAUAUAUACUAACUCUUCCCAGGACGAUAAGUCUAGGAAUUGAGAUGGAAUUUUUCUUCUAAGAGGCUGUGUCUGAAGGCUCUUCACUACACAAUUGCUUCUAUCUGUGUAGUCAAAUGAUUUCCUAGAGAAAGACGAUUUGAAUAAAGUAUUUCUCUAUCCUAGGUCUAAGGUGGAACCAGUUGUAACUGGCUCUCAAGAGCUUGAUUAUUAAAUUUUUAGCAUGAGUAUUUAUUCUUUGGAAAUCAACACUUAUUACAAAUCAGGGCUCAAUUUGCUAUUCUUGGUUGUCUAGAUUUUAGAAAAUAUCCGUGAUAUAAACUGUAGAGAAGACAAAAAGAAGGUAAUAACAGGAAGAACUGUUUUUGUUCAAAUAAUAUCAACUUAUUUUUAUAAAGAAACACAUUAUAAAGUCAAUUUUAUGAAGUGAAAGUCUAUCAAGAAUUGAGAAAAUGAAGAUGUUAUUCUAUCACAUCUGGAAAUCAACAUCAAAAGGACAGUGGGAGAGAGAUUUCCUUUUUCUUUUUUAAAAAGAAAAUUAUUGUAACUUUUAUCUUGUGAAGAAAACAAAAAAAAAAUUCUUCCCAAAAGAACUUCUUAUCCCAAGUGAACUAAAUAUCAUGGGGGUCAUUUUCAAAAAAUGAAGAGAAGUAAUCUCUCACAGUGUCACUUUUCAGAUGACUGUGUAUGCCAUUCAAAUGCCAAUUUUGUAAAUAAUUAAGUUUUGUCUUAUUGUUGAUUUCAGUGUUAACAAAUUGUAUAUUUGUGCUUUGAUUAAACAAUUAUUCUCAGUCUCUUUAGGGUUAAUAGCUACUUUUGAAUUUGUCAUUCUAUCUUUUUUUAAGGUAAUUAGAGUAGAAAUAAAAUUUCUUUAUAUCCUUUAGUUUAGAUGUCUGUAAUUCUCAGUAACAUUGUAAAGCAAGUGUCAAAUGCUCCCAAAUAUGACUAAACCAGA